AUGGACAACGUGUCGUCGUCUUCAGCGCCGGCGCCGGCGACGGCAGCGGCGGCGGAGAGGAAGUACAGGGGCGUGCGGAUGCGUAAGUGGGGCAGGUGGGUGUCGGAGAUCCGGCGGCCCAACAGCCGCGAGAGGAUAUGGCUGGGAUCCUACGACACGCCGGAGGCGGCUGCUCGCGCGUUCGACGCCGCGUUCGUCUGCCUCCGCGGCGGCGCCGAGGCCGGGAUCAACUUCCCGGACUCGCCUCCCGCCGUCGCCGCCGCGCGCACCAGCGACCCGCAGGAGGUGUACGCGGCCGCGGUGUCGCAUGCCAACCGGCCGCCGGCGUCGGCCCGAGCAGCACCACCGGCCGCUGGUGUAGUUCCGGCAGAGGAAGCUCACGUGGUGGUUGACAAGCCCGACGUCGCCGGGGGAAAUGUGGCCCCGGCGCCGCCGCCGCCGCCGGCGGUGCAGGUGCCGGGAGCUGGGAGCUUCGAUUGGUCGCAGAACCCACUUUACUCACCAACCUGCAGCUAUGGUUUACCGGUGUGGAUGACGGCAGAGGCGGCGGCGGAAGAGUCGAAGGAGGAGGAGGAUGACGAAGGGACAAGUGAUUAUCUUUGGAGUUUUCAGUACUCACCGACUCACCCUAGCUGA